AAAUGUAACGUGUUUAACAAUUUUUGUAGUACAAAUAGAAUUAUCAAUUUUCAUUUGUCAUCGUAGCAUGGGUCCCAAUGCUGCUGGUGACAAAUAGGCGUUCUGUUUCUGACUGUAGAUGAAUUUGUUGGGACUUUCUCGGUGUAUGAAGAGCUUGCCACACGGUAAAUAUAAAAAAGCCGCUCAUCCUCAAUCACUGAUAUCAAUACCUCUAUGCUAUACAUCUAACCUUCUCUCUGUCACACAAAUUUUAUAGAAGGAGAGGGAGAGAAAGAGCAAGAUACAAAACAUGGAGUCCAGUGAUAAUGAUAUUCUACAUCAUCAACCUUCAUCACAAACAUUAAUCAGUUCUGAACUGGAAAUCAUACUCUCCGACUCUCAACUUUCGUAUUUUCGACGUCUCCAAUCUGCGACAUGGCUGGAACUGAAUACGCUUUUCCGGCUUGCUGGUCCGGCAGUGGUUGUGUAUUUGCUCAACAAUGUCACUUCCAUGUCCACACAGAUCUUCUGUGGUCAUCUUGGCAAUCUCGAACUAGCCGCCGCUUCUCUCGGCAACAACGGCAUCCAAAUUUUCGCCUACGGUCUCAUGCUUGGCAUGGGAAGCGCGGUGGAGACAUUGUGCGGCCAAGCUUACGGUGCUAAAAAGUACGACAUGCUAGGAGUAUAUCUGCAACGAUCGACAAUCCUACUGAUGCUGACUGCGAUACCGCUGAUGAUCAUCUACAUCUUCAGCAAACCAAUCUUGCUUUUGCUCGGCGAAUCGACGGCCAUCGCGUCUUCGGCCGCGCUGUUCGUCUACGGUCUCAUCCCUCAAAUCUUCGCCUACGCCGCCAAUUUUCCCAUACAGAAAUUCCUACAAUCGCAGAGUAUCAUCUUCCCCAGCGCGUACAUAUCGGCGGCGACACUGUUGGUUCACGUGCUACUCACGUGGUUUACGGUUUACAAGUUGGGGUGGGGAUUGCUGGGUGCUUCGCUGGUUUUGAGCUUCUCGUGGUGGAUAAUUGUGGUGGCUCAGUUCGUAUACAUAUUGAUCACCGAAAGGUGCAAAAAGACAUGGACUGGGUUCAGCUUGUUGGCUUUUUCGGGGUUAUGGUCGUUCUUCAAACUAUCCACGGCGUCGGCGGUGAUGCUGUGCUUGGAGACUUGGUACUAUCAGAUAUUGGUUUUGAUUGCUGGGUUGCUUAAAAAUGCUGAGAUUGCAUUGGACGCUCUCUCUGUCUGUAUGACGAUUUCUGGAUGGGUGUUCAUGAUCGCAGUGGGAUUCAAUGCGGCUGCAAGUGUGCGGGUGAGCAAUGAACUAGGGGCUGGUCAUCCAAAAUCGGCAGCUUUCUCAGUUGUGGUGGUAACAUUUAGCUCCUUCAUAAUCGCAGUGAUAUUUGCCAUCCUAGUGCUUGUGUUCCGCCACCAAAUUAGCUACAUUUUCACUAGCGGUACGGUUGUUUCCGAUGCUGUCUCCGAUCUCUCUCCCUUCCUUGCUGUCUCCGUCAUCCUCAAUGGCAUUCAACCUGUUCUAUCAGGUGUGGCUGUUGGAUGUGGAUGGCAAGCAUUUGUAGCAUAUGUAAACGUGGGAUGUUACUAUGUUAUUGGUGUCCCAUUGGGUUCAGUUCUUGGCUUCAAGUUCGACCUCGGGGCUAAGGGAAUAUGGUCGGGGAUGAUAGGCGGCACUGUUAUACAGACUCUCAUCUUGUUGUGGUUCACCAUCCGUACCGACUGGAAUAAAGAGGUGGAAAAAGCAAGGAAUCGUUUGGAUACAUGGGAGGAAAACAAGGAACCUCUUCUUAACGACUAGAAAAAGGGUCCAACUUUCCUUUGCAUUUAAUAACACCCAAUAUUACAUUUUGGGACCAUCUAUAUUUUAUUUUCAUCAUCUUGUUCCCCCCCCCCCCC